UUUCUGUUCUCUUUUCAACACAUUGUUCUUGAGACGCAAUAGCCUACAGUAACAGCGACGAGAACCGCAGGGGGCUAGGUAUCGGUGCCCAGGCAUAACUAUACCUCUCAGGCCCAAUUCCCCCUGGCGAUUCCGCUUCCAGCACCGCGCGCGACUGCACAAUGGUCGAGCCGACGCCCCUCUCCCUACCCCCCAACCUCCCUUACCCCAUCACGCUCACGCGGCUGCUCGUCACCCCAGGAGUCGAAGUAUCCAGAGGCACCGGGCUCGCAGAGUACAAGUUUCUGUCGGCAACGCGGCGCAAGGAGAAUGACGCCAAGGAGCGGGCCGGCAAGGCGGUCAGCGCCAAGGAGCGCGAGGAAGACAUGGUCGGCAGCUGGGAGAGCCCAAUAGACGGCACGGUGAAGAAUUGGGAGGCUGGCAUCAAGGUGGGCUUGACAAUCGAGGCCAAGCAUGCUCGCAAACCGCUGUUGCAGGUGGAGCAGCCUUGCACCCACCCCGUCCAGGUCCACGGCAUGUGUGCUGUCUGCGGUAAAGACCUCACAAACGAGGACUACCUGUCUCGCCCUCCUCCAAGCAACAACCCUGGGCCAUCACGAUACCCCGGUAGCUUUGAGCUCGCACACGACUCAUUGGGUGUGACUGUCUCCACAAACGAGGCAAAACGCCUCGAAACCCUGACUCGCGACUCGUUGCUCGCGUCGCGUCGGCUGACGCUCAUCGUCGAUCUUGACCAGACCAUUAUCCACACUACGGUUGACCCAACAGUAGGCGAGUGGAUGAACGAGAUUGAGGAGGAGGAGCGGCAGGCCAAGGAGGCUGCUGCGAAGCCCGAGAGCGAGGCUACCGAGUCGACAACGCCACCAAACUCUCCUCCCGCGGCGUCAAAGGAGCUGCCUCGCUCGGUGAACCCGAACGCCGAGGCGCUCAGUGAUGUUGCGCGGUUUCAGCUGGCAGAUGACCUACCUCCUGGCGCUUUGAAGGGCAAGCAGCGUGGGCCAGAACCUGUUCGCUGGUAUUACACCAAGCCAAGACCGGGACUCAAACCGUUCCUUGACAAGAUGUCAAAGCUCUACGAGAUGCACGUCUACACGAUGGGCACGCGGACGUACGCCGACGCCAUCUGCAAGGUUGUCGACCCCGAGGGCAAGAUCUUCGGUGGACGGGUGUUGUCACGAGACGAGAGUGGAAGCAUGAGCUCCAAGAACCUAACACGGCUGUUUCCAACGGACCAGAGCAUGGUGGUGGUGAUCGACGAUCGCGAGGACGUCUGGGACGGAUGUCCCAACGUCGUCAAGGUCGUGCCGUACGACUUCUUCGUCGGCAUUGGCGAUAUCAACUCGGCGUUCCUCCCUCCCACCCAGCCCGCCAUCACCCCCAUCCCAUCAUCAUCAAAGGCCCCCAGUAGCCCAUCAAGUACCAUUGCAUCGUCACCGCCCCCGGAGACGCCACCAGAAAUACCCAGCACGGAAGACGGCCUGCUUGCGCAGUCCAGGAUAUUGGAUGACUUGGCUAAGGAACGCCCACUGGCCAAGCUGGAGGAGGAGGGUGAGAAGGCGGAGAGCGAGACUGGGGGAGAGGCCGUGGACGAUGCGGUGCUAGAAGCGGCUAAGUCUGAGGACUCGACCGAAGCCCCAGCAGAGCCCUCACCAGAGCCCUCAUCAGCGCCAUCAUCCGAACCCUCAUCGGAGGCCUCAUCAGAGCCCUCAACAGAGGCCACAGCUGCCCCUGCUCCCUCUUCUCAGCGCACCCACCUACACCACCGCAAGGCGCUGUUCAACAACAACGACUACGAGCUCGGGCGCAUUGAAAAGAUUCUCCGCCAGAUCCAUACGGGCUUCUACGAAGCGUAUGACGGACGCGACCCCUCGGACCCCGCUAUGCCCUUCGAGUGCGACACGCCAUUACUCAUCGAGGAGAUCAAGGACAAGGUGCUCGCAGGCUGUGUCAUCGCCUUCACCGGUGUGAUCCCGCGCCACGUCAAACCCGAAAAGAGCGAGAUCUGGAAGGCCGCCGAGUCGUUUGGGGCCAAAUGCACCAACGACCUGAACGACGAGGUCACUCACCUUGUCACCGCCUCCCUCGGCACCGAGAAGAUGCACAACGCAGCGCGAUUCCCCAAAGUCAAGACGGUGUGGCUUGCCUGGCUACAAACGUGCAUUGCACUGUGGAAGCGACUGGACGAAACCGACUACAUCGCAUUGAACCCGACCAGCGCAUCGACGUCUGUAGGUCCUUCCCGACCCGAGACACCGACAGUGCGCAAACCCCCUGCAGGUGAGACUAAUGGGUCAGAUGAGGAUCAACCCGCGGACUCGCAGGAGGACCAUGGGGACCACGGCGUUGGCGUCACUGAGGACGAGUUAAUCGCGGAAGCGGCAACUCUGACUGAGGCUUGGGGCGAUGACGAUUUCGACACAUGGUUAAAUGAGGGGUCUGACAGCGAAAUGGGCACCGAUGCAGGCGACGACGAGCGCGACGACGGCGGUGACGGCGCCGAGAGCCGCGCUUCGAGCGUCGACGUCGGCAGCGGCGACGAGAGUGCGCCGCCCUCACCACGCCGAUCUUCAAUGCGCAACUCACCAGCAUCGUCUCGCGCCUCGACACCAGGCCUCAAGCACAUGCGCUUUGCCGACGAGGAGAACCUUCCGUUAAGGGUCUUCCACAACCUCGCCGAGUCGUCGUACCCUCCGCGCAAGAAGCGCAAGGUGCUCUUAUUAGAGUCGCCGCGGCCCGACGACGACGUGCCCGAUGACCACAGGUUUGAGCACUCGGGCGGCGCAGAGGCGGACGUGACGGAUGGCGAGACAGACGGUGAGACGGACGGCGAGGACGAGUUUGCCAAGAUGCUUUCGGCGAGCUUGGGCGGCGAGGAGUGACAUCAGAAGUACGCUAUCGAACGCAUGGC